AAAGCGGCACACACACAAACACAAACACACACACGCCGCCCUGCUCAGCCACCCUGCACACACACAAACACAAACACACACACGCUGCCUCCCCCACCCUGCUCAGCCGUGAGGCGCGCGCGCGCGCAUUGGCGCGUACGGCCGCCGGCGGGCCAGCCAUAUUUACACAUCGCCGGGCGUCGCGUUGGCGGCCUAGCGAAGCCGCGAAACCCAAGAAUCUGCCGCGCCGUCGGCAAUGGCGGGUCGCCGCCUGGCCCUGCUGCUUGUCGCGCUGGCCGCGGCGUUCCUGGCAGGCGCGAGCGGCCGCCACGCGAGCGACUCGGCGCGGUUCCCCCUGCUCCGCCUCGCCGCGCCGGCGUCCCUCGCCGACCUGGCGCGCAGCGACCGGCAGCGGAUGGCGUUCAUCGCCUCGCACGGGCGGCGGCGCACGCGGGAGACCGCGGCGGGCUCGUCGGCCUCUUCGGCUGCCGCGGCCUUCGCGAUGCCGCUCACCUCCGGCGCGUACACGGGCAUCGGGCAGUACUUCGUGCGCUUCCGCGUGGGCACCCCGGCGCAGCCGUUCCUGCUGGUGGCCGACACCGGCAGCGACCUGACCUGGGUCAAGUGCCGCCGCCCUGCCUCGGCCAACUCCUCGCUCUCGCCGGCCGACUCGGGGCCGGGGUCGGGGCGCGCGUUCCGCCCCGAGGACUCGAGGACAUGGGCGCCCAUCUCGUGCGCGUCGGACACCUGCACCAAGUCGCUCCCCUUCUCCCUCGCCACCUGCCCCACGCCCGGCAGCCCCUGCGCCUACGACUACCGGUACAAGGACGGGUCGGCGGCGCGCGGCACGGUGGGCACGGAGUCGGCGACCAUCGCGCUGUCCGGGCGGGAGGAGCGGAAGGCCAAGCUCAGGGGCCUCGUGCUCGGCUGCACCAGCUCCUACACCGGCCCCAGCUUCGAGGCCUCCGACGGCGUGCUCAGCCUCGGCUACAGCGGCAUCUCCUUCGCCUCCCACGCCGCCUCCCGCUUCGGCGGCCGCUUCUCCUACUGCCUCGUCGACCACCUCGCCCCGCGCAACGCCACCAGCUACCUCACCUUCGGCCCCAACCCCGCCGUCUCCCCCUCCUCCUCCCACGCCUCCCCCUCCUCCUGCGCCGCCGCCGCCGCUCCCCGCGCGCGCACGACGCCGCUGCUGCUCGACCGCCGGAUGCGCCCCUUCUACGACGUCAGCCUCAAGGCCAUCUCCGUCGCCGGGGAGUUCCUCAAGAUACCGCGCGCCGUCUGGGACGUCGAGGCGGGCGGCGGCGUCAUCCUCGACUCCGGCACCAGCCUCACGGUGCUGGCCAAGCCGGCCUACCGCGCCGUCGUGGCCGCGCUCAGCAAGGAGCUCGCCGGGCUGCCGCGGGUCACCAUGGACCCGUUCGAGUACUGCUACAACUGGACGUCGCCGUCGGGCCAGGACGCCGGCGUCGCCGUGCCGAAGAUGGCCGUGCACUUCGCCGGGGCGGCGCGGCUGGAGCCCCCGGGGAAGAGCUACGUGAUCGACGCGGCGCCCGGCGUCAAGUGCAUCGGCCUGCAGGAAGGCCCCUGGCCCGGGAUCUCCGUCAUCGGGAACAUCCUGCAGCAGGAGCACCUGUGGGAGUUCGACAUCAAAAACCGACGGCUAAGAUUCCAGAGGUCGCGGUGCACGCACUGAUCCUGAUCGUCCGUUCCACGUCCAACCACGUCUUGUGUUUUUUCUCCUUGUGGUGGUGGCCUCGCUGAUUGUUUGUAUUUGUUUUUUGUCCCGUCCUCAGAUCUAUACUAAUGCAAUGAGAAAUGCGCCUCGCAAAAAUGAGCAAGCUGUAAUAAGUUUUCUGCUUCUCUUUUUCUUUACCACAUUUGGUAUCUUCAUUUCAGUGAAAAUAUAUACCGUUUAGGGCUGGUUAGUUUAUUUGUUCCCAAA